GCGGCUUCGAAUCGGUCAAGCAGAAAGAUUCCAGACAGACUAUCACAGUAGCCGAGGAGAGUGUUUCUGCCUUUGAAAUCCUCUCUCACUCUCUAUUUCUCGUUUCCGCGGAACAGUGUGUGCUUUGACUGUUUGAGAAAGUCAGUUUCGUAGUUAUAAUGUGUUUCUGGCUAGCUGGCUGGGUGUAUGGGCCCCUACAGAGUUGUGAGUCAGUCUGACCUGACGCGAGGAAACGACGUCCAAGUAUCUAUUACUAAUCUGGUCUUUCCUCUCCGGUACGUGCUGGGUGUUACGCUGCCUGAAGGCAGAUCGCCGAUAGCAAGCUAGCUUUCAAUGUCCUCCAGGCUGCAGAGUUACUGAAAGUGGAAAGGGUAACCCAGACCUAGUGAAUGGUCGACUGGUCGAUUUGAAAGGUUGCUCAUAGCUCGGAGCGACUAUUGCGCUAGUUGUGUUCUGGUACGCUGUGUUUGGCGUAUGUGCGCCGGCCCGUGGGCAUGGCGGACGCGGGCAUCCGGAUCAGGACGCAUCACCAGGAUUGCCGUGAAGUAAGGUGGCUUCUGAAAUCAGUUAGCAAGAAGCAACGAGAGCAGCCGCUCGUCCAAAGCUUCUUGUACGAGCACUUGGUGAAUCAGUCAUGCUCCAAGCGAGUGGCCAAGCCAGGCGAGGUUCAGUCUCUUCCCGUGCCAUGGUUUCUCAACUCGACUGAUAGAUACUUCGAUUGUUAUGGGUUGGUCGGCGCGGUACACUUGCCUCCUGACUGGAGCCCGGGAUCACGCCACAAAUGGUGGAAUGAGGACACAGCGGCAGUACCUGCAAAAAGACCGCACACAGAGACUUUCUACCACAGAAGUGCUUGGCAGCAGGAUAUUGACACGUUCACGACAUUUGCAAUCAAGGACACCCACCAUCUCGUACUGGAAGACAGAGGCAUGGGCGGACGUGAAGAAACCUGGGACGUUCUGACCAAAAACAUAUUUGAUACCAGGGAGGGCUACCCGGCGACCCCCGACCUACCAACACACAGAAAUUACGAGUGGUACAAGUUCUACCCGGAGCAUAUGCAGUUCUCAACGCGCGCCGGCAUCUUUCCGCAAGACAAGCUUGCAGCUGCUAUCAAAAAGACGAAUACGCUGGUCGACCAGAUGCGUAAUGGCUGUACGAUCAGUUCAGAGGAGUGCUGGAACAAUCCAUAUUGUAGACACAAUCCGAAUUGUGAUCCUCGGCUCUACCAUACAGCUAGUUUGCCUAAGUUAGCUCUUCGGCUGCUGGAAACCGAACCUGAUACGGAAAGCCUCUUUUGCUUUUUUCAGGGUCAACAUCGUCCGUCCUCUGACGCUGAGAGUUCUGAGCAAGGUAUUAUGGUAGACAAACUUUGCAAAAGCUUGAGAAUUCAUUCAGCCACAUUCGACGUGUGCCAAAUUCUGGAGAGCGAUAGGUGCGUUCGAAAUGAUCUGGAGAAAAUUUCGAACCACUUUAAAGGACUGGCUUUCGAGAACCCUAGCGAACCGAGGAGGUCAGUAGCUGAACGAUCCAAGGGCUCUAGAGAAGAAAUACCGCUGUGGAGCACCAUGAGAUCCGAUCACCAAAUAACGUUGCAAGCAUUGGAAGUGGCAACACGGCUGCCCAUGCCGGGCGUGUACUUUCAACCAGAUGACGCAUGCGACUGCGUGGCUCUGUGGAUGAUCCAUGGCAUACUUCAUGAUGUCGACUCUGCAAGCACCUUCAUACUGAAUUCUUUGGCGCAAUCGAAGAAGCUAUUUCCGGGCCAUGGCAUGCAAGACCUGGACUUUGAUGAAACGUGUCAAACGUUUGCGAUUUGCGUCAACAGGCUUUUUUACCGCCCAGGCCUGAGAUUCAAUGCUAGAUAUCUCAUGCCGCUAUUGACAAACCUGUGCCGUGAUCUGCAUGACUGGAUAAAGAUCAUGACUGGUGAAGAUGAAGACGUGCCUUUCUUGAGGGGGGAACAGUGGAGAGACUUGUUCCGUCAAGAUGAACAAGAAGAAGAAGAAGAAGAAGAAGAUGCUCUUUUCUUCAGAGCACAGAUGAUGAAAAGGAUGCCUUCCACGGAGGAAUCAUAUGCAGAAUGUGAGAGAUUAUUGCUCCUUAGAAAAGAGCAGAGACGUGCCCUGAAAGAAGACAGGAGACGUGCCAAGGAAGAAGAGAGGAUACGUGCCAUGGAAAAAGACCGUGCCAUGGAGGAAGAACGUGCCAGGAAAGAAAAUCAGCAAAAAGGUGCCUUCAUGGAACGUUUACACGUCAUGUCCCGUGUGACUUACUUUGUGGUGCACUUGGUGAUCCAGCUAUGGAUCAACCGGCUGGAUGUGAGAGAUCAUCUGUUCGAUUUUGGCUGGACAAUCGGAAGUGUCCUGAAGAAAAUGUCCACAUUCCGACAGCUGAAGGAGGAUAUGUACACUCCGGCAGUACAGUACCUUGCAAGUGAGUACCAUCUGAUGCACGAUAUCACACGACUUUUCGACACAGCCAGCGAAAACACUGACCUAGACAUAGAUCCGCGAAAGAUGCACGGCUGCAACCCACUAAGCCUACAGCCCCACUACAGAGGCCUGCUCUUCAUGCUGGACUUCCUCUUUGAAAUCUCCGAGACGACUUUGAAGACAUGUGAUACCAAAGGGAAUCUAGAUGUUCAGUACUCAAUGAUGCAAACGGCCACUCCGAAAUACAUCAUGCCCAAGACGUCAAGGUGGAGGCAGCACAGCGGUGACACGUUUCUGCAUGGAAUGAAGCAGUUGAGUCCGGUGAUUGCCCCAGGUGGUUCAACGGCGUUGAAGGAGCAUUGGAACAGCAGAAAGCAUAUCACCUUCCUGAAGUCCACCUACUUCUUGCCAUAUCCAGUGCGUGACGCAGUGUUUGCUCACAACGCCUACUUGCAAAUGAACUCUCGAGUCAAGUUCUUCAAGCGCUUGCACAGGGAUGUUCUGAUGGCCUCGUCAAUGCUGAGCGGGUUUCUGCCUCCAGAUGAUGGUCUCAAUUCGGACGUAGCAGGCUUCUUCAAAAGAGAAAGGGAUGACCUGCGAGACGCAACGCUGCUGAAAGUCAGCCGCGAGGAUCCAUUUUUUGAUUUCCAGGCGACUUUGGCUAACAUUGGUCGUGUUGGCUUGCGGCGGCCAUUAAGUAUCACUUUCUAUUCCGAAGUAACUCGGCAAGUCGAAUUGGGUGCUGACUAUGGAGGUGUAGUACGCGAGUUCAUGGCGGUCAUGUCACACCAGUUCAAAGAGGACUUUUUCCAGGUUUCUGAGGGCUCGGAGUUUUACUGGUUUGCAGACGCCUUCUCCAAUGCUCCAUUCGACAAGUGCAGCAUUCCGUACUUCUACACUGGCGUGGUCCUGGGCCUGGCUCUCUACAACAACGUCUUUAUGGACCUGCCUCUGUCGUAUCCUUUCUGGAAUCAACUGCUGGGGAUCCAGCCCAAGUUGAUGGACUUCAAGACUAUCGUGCCAGAUCUGUAUGUACAGAUGCAAAAGCUGUACGAUUAUGAUGAGGAGACGCUGGAAGAUCUCGACAUGGUGUUUGAGGUCACGUGCAACAUCACUGGAAGGAAGAUCGACUUACAAAGAUUGGACAGUCUUGGAGAAGACGACAUUCAAGAACCAAAACCUGUCUCUUGGCGUCCGGCUACAGUGACAAAGGAGAAUCUUGACGAGUACAUUGUGAGGUUCUUGCACUACCACUGUAUUCUUCGCUUCCGGCAAUGCUUUGUGGCUCUGAAGUCGGGCAUUCACACGAUUCUUUCGAAAGAGGAGCUUGCUCUUUUUACAGCAAAGGAACUGGCUGCAAGAUUCAAGGGCACAAAUGCGGAUGUGUACACCCGCCUGAAGGAUAAAUUUACUGUCAGGAAUAAGGAUCCGACUUCCCCCGCGAUUUUGCUGAACAACUGGCUUGCACGAGAGUACCUGUGGUUCAAGGAGAUUCUGAGCGAUCUGGAUGAUGGUGCAAUGGAAGCGUUCCUUCAGUUCCUGACAGGCCGACCAAAUCUGCCGGCAAACUUCGAGAGCUACCCGAAUUUCGUUCUGGUCAUCGACGUAGACCAGAAGAACAUGAUUCCGCAGUCUCGGGUAUGCUUUAACGUGCUGGAGAUGAGUCGAUACUCUGAGAAGGAUGCCAUGUAUAGUCACAUGCAGCUUUGCAUGGACUACAGGUUCAAUUUUGGAUUCAUCUAGCUGAAUAGCAGCAUCAAUAUAUGCAGCUGAGUAGCACCACAACGAGCUGUACAUGGACUACGUGUUCAACUUUGGAUGCAUCUAGCUGAUCAUUGGCGCCGUAUGGCAUGUCCAUGCAUAACCGGGCUCAUGUUCGUCUGACCCAAUGUUGUUGAUGAUGAUUGAUGAUGAUGAUGAGCAGGUGGCCCAGCCGGAUCGGGAGGGUAGCCAGAACCAUAGCCGACCCUGUGCAGUUAUGUUUUUAGACAUACGUGAGCAUGCCCAUGUGUGUGUGUGUGUGUUUUUGAUGCUUCCUGAGUUUUGAUUGGGAACACUUGCUUCCACGGUCACAGCUGAAGCGAAUAAUAACAAUUACUAUAACUUCGCCGUCGAGAGCUGAUAAGAUUGCAUUCAUCAUCGUACUUAUGCUCGCCAUCAAUCAGUGUUGCUUGGUUUCCGAACACUAAAGUGCAUUCGCCUUUUGUCUUGCAAACAGACACACAACGUGUACACACAGACACACACGCACCAUGUACCACACACACACACAUAUACACACACACACACACGCACGCACGCAUGUGCACUAUACCUGGUAAUACCCCUCUGUAGCAGAGGGAAGUACUGGAGAAGUAAUGAGCCCCCCCCCCCCUCCCGCAGCUACGCACACAGCAUUCUUACAAGUGUGUCUGUAGAAGCUUGUGGAUUCCGCAGCUUUUCUGUUAGAACCACCCCAAGACAUGUAUCGCUGGCAAAUAUAUAUAUGACAAGCGCACAGAUUGCUAGUACUUCGUGUAUUUGCAUCUUCUGCCAAACACUGUUCCCUAUGCACAAAUUGAUCACAUAAUAAUUAUCAGUAAAUGUUCGAAUUGUCUGCAAUGUGGAUGCAAAAUGAGUUCACUUUGCCAGUGCAGUGGUGUUCCAUGCUGUCCUCGCCUGAGCAACUAUGAUCGUGCUAAUAGCAAAGAAGACUUAGUUGUACCAUUGCUAUGUGUCCACUGUCCA